AUGGCAGAUCAAGCAGCGGACUGGUCCACCGAGUCCAACGAUGCCCUCUCCAUCUCACUCGUCGUCCCAGAUGUCGGCAGGCCUAGAAGCCUCUAUAAUUUCCACCCUAAGAUGACAUACUCGAUAUUCGGCGAAGAGGAGCGGAUCUUUGGAUACCAAGGGCUCAAGAUCAAUUUACAAUACAAUGCCAGUGAUAUGCGUCCGAAUCUGCAGGUUUCGUUCAAUAAGAAGUUCACGACAGUUGGUGAGACGGAAGCUACGGAUGUGAAGGGAAUUUUAGAACCUCUGUUGCCUAAGAUUGCUCUUGAGAAGCCCUCGAUCUUUGAUAAGGCUAUCUCGGAACCUAUGAUGAAGGAUUGGAAGCCGCCUGGAGAAUUAUGGCAGACGAUUCAGAUCGGUAUCGAGACAGUAGAAGUAUGGAAGGGAAAUCUCGCAGAUGUCGCCGUCCAGCAACUUCUUAAGCGCAUUCAAAUCCUGGUACCACUGUUCAUUGAAGGCGGAGUUACUCUAGACUUGGAAGAGCCGGAAUGGACGCUGGAGAGGUGGACUGUGUUCUUCUAUUACCAGAGAGUCGCAGAGAAAGAGGACAAUCCGUAUAUCUUCAUGGGAUACUCGACCGUCUACCGAUACUUCCACUUCCAAGCCGCCGCACACGAAUCAGGAUCAAAGAAAGAAGCAAAAGCCGACUUCACACUCCCCAUCGACAACAUAUCCUUUUCAUCCCUCCCCUGCCGGUCCCGCAUAUCACAAUUCAUCAUCCUCCCACCCUUCCAACGAGCAGGCUACGGCUCCCGCUUCUACAAAUCCAUAUUCGACUUCUACCUCGCCGAGCCCGAAACCAUCGAAAUCACCGUCGAGGACCCCAACUACGCCUUCGACGACAUGCGCGACAUCAACGACCUCCGGCGCCUCCGCACCCUACCGGACUUCAAAGCCAUCAAAAUCAACACCAAAAUCACACCCCAGCCCGAAGAAGCCAUCCCAAAUAACAUCGUCGACCUACCCGCCCUCGAAGAGAUCCGCAAACGCAUGAAGAUCGCCCCUCGACAGUUCCUCCGCGUCGUAGAAAUGCACCUCCUAGCCAGCAUCCCGUCCUCAGUCCGCAAAGCUGAUGUACUCGACGAUGCGAACCCGAAGAUGCGAGAGUAUGGGCUGUGGAGACUGUGGGUUAAGAAGCGCUUGUAUAAGCAUAACAAGGAUCUGCUGAGCCAGAUGGAUAAGGAUGAGAGGCUGGAUAAGCUGGAUGAGGUUCUUGAGGGGGUGGUGGCUGAUUAUGUGCGCUUGUUGGAGGCGUAUAAGGCAAGGGUUAAGUUUGAUAGCUUUGAGGAUUUGGCGAAGGGUAAAGGGAAAGGGAAGGGGAAGGAGAUUGAGGGCGAGAAUGGGAAGAGGCGGAGCCCUAGUGAUGAGGAUAGCGAUUCGUCUGAUGGCGAGCCGUUGCCGAAGAGAACUAAAGUUUGA